AUGUGCAUGAUGAUCAUGAAGCGCUCCAUUCAGGAGGCGUUUCGGGGCUCUGUUGCUGAGAGCGAAAUGGCUAAGUUGUUCCUUGAAGCUGUUGAGCAAUAUUUUGCCAAAAAUGAAAAGGCGGAGGCGAGUAGUCUUUUGGCUACACUCCUCUCCAUGCGGUAUAAAGGCAAAUGGAACAUAAGAGAGUACAUUAUGGAAAUGUCUAACAUUGCAUCAAAACUGAAGGCACUAAAGUUAAAGCUGUCGGAAGACUUGCUCGUGCACUUGGUUUUGAUCUCACUUCCUACACAAUUUGGACAAUUUAAGAUGACUUAUAAUACUCAGAUGGAAAAAUGGUCCCUUAAUGAACUUAUAUCUCACUGUGUGCAAGAGGAAGAGAGAGUGCAGAGAGACAAAUCUGAAAGUGCUCAUCUAGCCCUUUAUGCUCAAGGCAAGAAGAGGAAAUGA